AUGACUUGGUUAUCCCACCUUCUCGUUUCAGCGUUAGCUGGCUCGUCGAUUGUCGCAGCCCUUCCCAGCUAUUCCCCGUACACAAGGCGUACUGGCGAAGAGCUUGAUGCCUACUCGAUGCACUCCCGUCGCGACGUCGUCGACACCCUCCUCACUCGCGAGAACUGGGACAAAUGCCCCGCUCCCACCAAGCUCGUCGGCAAGGCUCCCAAGGAGAACAUCUGGAGUGGUUUGACCAACGAAGAAGUAACCGCCGUUCUCGGUUACGUUCACGACCCCGCCUCCGGAUUGAACCUCACCUCGUACGACAAGAAGGGCCUUUGGGACAACUACGUUUAUCUUGUCGAGCAAGUCAUGCCCAACAAGACCGAAGCUGUUGCCUACAUCGACGGCGACGGGCCUCUCCCCGAGCGGUACGCUCGUGUGGCCAUCUCCUUCGGUGCGACCGAAACUCCUUACUACGAGGAUUGGAUCGUUGGACCUCUUCCCAUUUCCGACAAGACCAAGGUCGAGCCCUUGACGUACUAUUACAACAAGGGUACCUCAAAGCAGUUCAACUACCGCCACGACAACUCUGUUCGCAGCAAGUGGAAGGCUCAGCUUUGCGAGGAAAUCCAGGACAUCACUCUCGACUUGUUGGGAACGUAUAUUAACACCACCAGUGCUACCUCUGGCUUGCAAUCCAUUGAUCCCCUUUGGGAAGAGGAUGGCAGGAUCAUCGAGUGGGCUCAAUUCCGUCUUGCUCCCAAGGACGUCGGUGUCCACUCUGUUGAAACCCUCGUUCCUCAAGGUCUUUAUCUCAAGCUUGACAUUACAGGUCGUGACCCUGCUGGCUGGAAGCUCCUCGGCAUCUACUAUGGCGGUAUCUUCUACGAGAGCGCUGCCGCCUUCCGCGCUGCUUGGGAAAAGUCCGACUUUGUCAGAACCGAGAAGACCUUCGUUACCCAGUCGAUGAUGACCAACCGCACCGGCGAGAUCCUCCCCUACGACUACGAAGCUCCCCCCGCUCAGUUCCAGACCCAGAAGCGAUGGACUGUCGACAAGGAGAAUAAGUACGUCAAGUGGAUGGACUUCGAAUUCUACAUCGGCUUCAACAAAGACGUUGCUGUCACCCUCUACGAUAUCAAGUACAAGGGCGAGCGCAUCUUCUACGAACUUGGUCUUGAGGAAGCUCUUGCUCACUAUGCUGGUUCUGACCCCAAGUCUUCUCACACUGCCUUCCUGGAUUCCUACUAUGGUUUCGGCCCCUACGUCUAUGAACUUGUCAAAGGAUACGACUGUCCUUGGAACGCCGAUUAUCUCGACACUAGCCUUCACAUGAACGGAAACACCACCACCAACUUUGACAGCAUCUGUCUCUUCGAGUCCGACGCCGGCUUCCCUAUCCAGAGGCACACCACUGGCAAGAUGGCUACCGUCACCAAGAACAUCGUCUUCAACCUCCGCUUCGUUUCUACUAUCGGCAACUACGACUAUGCCUUUACCUAUAGCUUCCUCCUUGAUGGCAGCAUUGAGGUCACCGUCCGUGCUUCCGGUUACAUCCAGUCCACCUACUACUACGGCAACGAAGAUUAUGGCUACAAGAUUCAGAAGCACCUUUCAGGUUCCAUGCACGACCACGUACUCACCUUCAAGGCUGAUCUCGACAUCAAGGGCACCAAGAAUUCCUUCGAGACUACUUCCUUCGUCCCCACGGUCGAGAGCUACCCUUGGUCUAACGGUGAACGCAGCACAAUGAAGGUUGAACGCUCCAUCCUGAAGACCGAAGACGAUGCGAAGAUUAACUGGGCCCCCAACGGUGCCAACAUGUACGCUAUCAUCAACAAGGAUGCUCCCAACGUCUGGGGUGAAUAUCCUGGCUACCGCAUCAUGCCUGGACACGGUACUCCCAUCCACUCCACCGUCCAGAAGUCUUCCAUCGUGAAGGAUUCGAUGCACUUCGCCACCCACCAUAUGUAUGUCACCAAGCAGAAGGACACUGAGAGGCACUUGACGCACAGCACCAACAACAUGGACAGCGGCAAGCCUCUCGUCGACUUUAGCAAGUUCUUUGACGGCGAGAACCUCGAGCAAGAGGAUAUCGUCCUUUGGUUCAACCUUGGCAUGCACCACUUGCCCCAUACCGGCGAUCUUCCCAUCACACUCAUGUCCACCGCCCAAUCUUCCGUCGUCUUCAGCCCCCACAACUACCUCCUCAGCGAUCCUACCCGCCAGACCGUCCAGCAAAUCGAGAUCGACCUCACUGGCGAGAAGCCCGUCGUUGACAACUAUGGCAAGAAGACAGAUGUUUGCUACACCCCUCGUAUCGUUGAAGAUGAUUACACUCAGUAUGAAGGUGGUUCCACUGUCAGCAAGAUGCCUCACCAUGUUCCUUGCACCAACUGCUAG